UACUCUGUUGUUAUCAACAACAUGAAGUGCAUCAAACAUUCCAUCAAAGUUUCUCAAACUGGGUUUGUAAUGAAAAGCUAAUAUUUAAUUAAAUCAUAAAAAUGUUAAAUUAAAACAAAUCAUUUUAAAAUGAAUCAAAAUAAAACACUUACUGAAAAAAAAAUGAAAUAUUGUAUUUGUUUACCUGCUAUGUUACUAUAACCAAUGUCAGAGAGCCAUGAACAUGCAAAUGUGAUACUUAUUAAAUAUUUAUUUUAAAAUCUCUUAUUUUAAAAAAAUAUAUAAGGUGAGGAUCAUUAUAUUAGAGGAUCAGAUGACAAAAAAGUUGGUGAAUUAGCAUUUUAAUGUUUUUGAAAGAGUAGAAGUAAUACACUAAGUGACGAAAAAUGACUGUGUUCAUCAGCAGUUGAUGCAGUGUUGAAACACUUCUAAUGACUGAUCUCUGUGUUCAAAACUGGAAGACUUUCUGGUAUUUUUAUUACAUAAACAUGUAUAUAAAAAAUAGUUAUCUCUGUGCAAUCCAAAUAUUAUUUGUGUUUUUUUUUUUUAGUGUUGAUCUUAUAAUAUUAUAUAUUGUUACAUAGUCUAUCAUAACAUUUACAUUUUAUAUAUUAUAAAUAACAUCUACUGUAUUAACAUAUAAAUUAGUUACACUGUGUGUUCUUGAACACUCUCACAAACCAAAACUAGUAAAAGUGUUGGUUUGUAAUCUGUACUGUAGGUUGAUUUUAAUCCUGCAGUACGUUUGCAUGCACUCACUGCAAAAUAGGGACUUUAAUUAACACAUGUAGGCAAACAUCACCCCGGGAAACUGGUUUUGUAACAGUGUGCUGCCAUAUUGUGGUUUAAUCCGAAUGCAUCAAAUAAGAUCGGGAGGUCUCCUGCUGUUACAUAAGCUCAUAGACUUUCAAGACUAACUCCUUGUCGGCCAACUAUCAAAUCAAAAGACGCUCCAGCUAUAAUCACUUUGUUCUCUUUAAUCCUCAAUUGAGUUUAAAUAGCAGACAGUGCCAUUCUCCUGAACACUCACACUGGUCACACUUCGCAAAAUGGGCAAUGCUAAAAGUGGAGCGCUUUCCAAAGAGCUUCUGGAGGAGCUGAAGAUGAACACCAAGUACAGCGAGGAGCAGCUUUACGCCUGGUACCAGAAGUUCCUGAACGAGUGUCCGACGGGCCGCAUCAGCCGCGAGCAGUUUGAGAGCAUCUACGCCAGCUUCUUCCCCGACGCCGAUCCCAAGGCCUACGCUCAGCACGUCUUCAGGAGCUUCGACGCCAACAGCGACGGGACGCUGGACUUUAAAGAGUACAUCGUGGCUCUGCAUCUGACAUCCUCAGGGAAGACCGUCGAGAAGCUGGAGUGGGCCUUCGCUUUGUACGAUGUAGACAGGAACGGCACCAUCACCAAAAACGAGAUUCAUGAAAUAGUCAAGUCGAUAUUCAACAUGAUCUCCAAAGAAGACCAAAAAAACCUUCCGGAUGAUGAGAAUACUCCUGAAAAACGAACAGAUAAAAUUUGGGACUUCUUCGGGAAAAAAGAAAACGGUAAAAUAACAGAGGGCGAGUUCAUUCAAGGAGUCAUGGACAAUAAGAACAUCCUCCGUCUGAUUCAGUUUGACAAACCACAAAAGGUCCAAGAGAGGCUCAAAGAGAAGAAGCAAUAAUGUUUGUUUUAUUUUUAUUUUUUUGUUUAUCUGAUUCUUUUGUUUCAUGUGCACUGUAAUGCUUUUGAUUUCUGCUGUUCUGAUGUGUUGACCAAGAUUUCAAUACAAUAUGUGCCAUGGAAUAUACAUGUAAUAAUGCUGCAGUAGAAAACAUGAAACGAAAUGAACAGUUAAAAGCUGGAUAUCUAGACACUGAGUUACAGUGAAAUACACAGAUACAAUCAGUCCACUGGCGAAAAAGAGUCAAAUUCACAAUCACCGCCGAUCAUGUGCUGUGAAACCACAUGCAAAUUAUGUAAAUAAUCUACAACUUUGCUUCACACUCAUUUGCUCAUGAAUAAAACGCUAUAUGUAACAGUCA